AUGGAUCACGGAGGCAUGAAUCAUGGCGGAAUGGAUCACGGCGACGGUGCUUCAAUGUGCAAAAUGUCAAUGGUCUGGAAUACGGACCCAACGGACCUUUGCCUCGUCUUUCCCUGGUGGCGCAUUACCUCUUCUUCCUCGUCCCUCUACUCUUCACUCUUCAUCGUCGUCCUCCUCGGCGUGGGGUACGAGUGGCUGAGACUACAACUCAGGAGAUUGGAUAGACGAUUGAUGGCUUCUGGAGGAGCAGCCAGAAGGAGGAGGAAAAGGAGGGGAACAGCAGAAGGAGCAGCUACCUCGUCGGGCAGGAGGUCCUCCCCACCUACGCCUGGCAGACUUCAACAGCAUCGCAGAGUAGCGAGCGUCAACAGCACUCAGAAGGGCUUGCUCUUGAUUCGCUCCGUCGGCUAUGCGACUUCCGUCGGCCUCUCGUUCCUGAUGAUGCUCCUCGCCAUGACGUACAACUCGUACGUUAUCGGCGCGGUACUGAUUGGUGCAGGGAUAGGACACUACUUGUUCCAGAGGCCUAGCGCCGAGAAGGUGGGCGUUGAUGAGGAUGAGCAGGAUGCGCCCGGAGUGUGGGGCGAAUAUGUCAGUGAUGAGGACGGGGAAGACGUUGUGGACAGUAAGGGUAUGGCCUGCCAUUAG